AAAAAGAAGACCUAGGAUAUGUACGCAGGUUAGAUCUAGAAAUACGACGUACAGAUACGACCGACCUAGACAAUUACAAAUACCUAGGUCCGGAUCUAGAAAUACGUAGAUACUGGAAUCACAUACGUACCCCGGCUUUCCCUUUCGUUUCGAAGCUCUCGCGUUGGCAGCAAGGUGAUCGGCGGAACGCGAAGAUCAAAUCGAGUAAGUCGCCUUCUUCUUCCCCCGUCGAUCGAAUUAGGGUUCGUGCUUUUCGUCCCCUUUCCUGCUUCCUUGGUCUUUGGUCUCUGUUCUUGACAGGGCAAGAUCAAGAUGGCCGCGGUUCUUCCUGCGCUGCUGCCAACCCCACCGUCGGCCCCAAUCGCUACGUUGCUCAAGACAUCGCGGACGGACGGGAAGCCUGGCCGUGCGUCGGCGAGCCGGAGAUGGAUAGAUAACAAAUUUUUGAUUCUGGCCGCCGCGUCGAACUUGACCGGCGGUGAGCGCGUCGGACGCGUGCUGUCGAAGAUGAGCGGAGGCGAGCGAGUCAGACGCGUGGCGUCGGACAUGGGUGGCGGCGACCGUGCCAGACGCGUGGCAUCGGACACGGACGGCGGUGAUCGCGCCGGACGCGUGGCAUGGGGCAUGGACGGCGGUGACCGCGCCGGUCGCGAGGAGUCCCGAACAAGCUGGAGCGCUGUCAAGAGGCCUGCCAGCCGCGCUCCUUCCACCGAUCGGUGUGACAAGAAGCCCAAGGCUCCGGUCGACAAGGAAGCUUCUCCGGAGACAGAGCAACUGUUCGCUGGCCCGACGUUCAUAAGCGUCGUGCCCCCGGAUCCGAGCGAGCUCCCGAUCCCUUGCUGCUUCAUGAAGAAGGCCCGCUAGUGGACUAGCAAGUAGCAACAACACAUGGGAUUGAUCCCUUACUACAGUCGUCGUCGUCGUCGUGUAAUCUUGCUUUGUAGCCCAAUUUCAGCGCUUGUUAGAUGCGCUUUUAGUAGUGUAGUAAUUUGUCAUGGCUCUGGGUUGUGUUCAUGUUAGUAAAACCCAACCCAGAGAGGGGCGGAUGGGUGGCAUGACAAUCAUAAACUAUCUU